UGUGUCCACAGUGGGACCUACCACUCCAGGGACGAGAGCACAGACAGCGGUCUGAGCAUGAGCAGCUACAGUGUCCCCCGUACCCCUGACGACUUUCUCAACAGUGUGGACGAGAUGGACACCGGGGACGCCCUGCCGGUCUCCAUGGGGACGCAGCCCAGCCGUUUCCCUGACUACCUGGACGCCAUCCCGGGGACGGACGUGGACCUGGGCACGCUGGAGAGUGACAACAUGGCCAUGGAGGGGGAGGAGCUUAUGCCUAGUCUCCAGGAAGCCCUUAGCUCCGACAUCCUGAACGAUAUGGAGUCAGUCCUGGCCGCCACAAAGAUCGACAAGGAGAGCUUCCUCACAUGGUUAUAACAUGGUUAUAACAUGGUUAUAACACAUUUAUAGAACAAACUGGACCCUUAUACGGUAUACAGUGGGGGUUGCCAAACUUUUGUUUUCUCUGUAACCCAACUGAAGUGGGUGUUGUGUCGUGACCCACCAACUGAGGUGGGUGUUGUGUCGUGACCCACCAACUGAGGUGGGUGUUGUGUCGUGACCCACCAACUGAGGUGGGUGUUGUGUCGUGACCCACCAACUGUGGUGGGUGUUGUGACCAACCAUAGGACUUGAACAGUGGAACUACAUU